GAAGUGUAUGUGCUGCCAGAGACAGUACUUUAUAUGGCUGGCACUGAUACCUUCAGUGCACAGAGUUCUAGCAGGCGGAAGAAAGAGAGAAGGGAUGGGUUGUCAAAGAGAAGCAAAGCAGCAGAAAUGGCAGCAAAAUUGGAAAAGCUAUUGCCUUUGGAGUGCAAAACGUUGGGGGUCAGUUCCCCUGGAAUUGUCUACACUCCUAUGGGAUGUGGCACACAGAGACCUCUUGAGGUGGAAGAUGGAAUUGCAGGGUUUGUUCUGCUCCUGCCCAAAAUUGAUGGAGUGACAGUCAAACGCUUUCACUUGUCGAACAAAGAUUUGAACAAUAACGUGUUUGAUCAAAAAAAACUCCAAGAGGCAGGUCUUCAGGAUAACCCUGACUUGCGUGUUGUCUUCCUGUUUGGAUACAACACCUUUAAACCCGCAGCUGCAGACUUCAUUCAGCGUCUCACAAAGCCAUUCAAUGUGAACAACACUAUUGUUAUUGGGGGACACAUUGACCAAGUGGUUUCGCCUAGUUCUGAAAGUAUCGACGUACAGUACAUGUACGGUUUUGUUGGCCUAUCAUUAAGUGGAAGAUCGAUCCAGGCAGCAUCAAUCCUCCUGGAUGAGGAUGUAGAGACACCCAAGAGUGCUGAAGCAGCGAUGCAACGUCUCAAAGCGGCCAACAUACCCGAGGUCAACACAGUAGGCUUCAUGUUUGCCUGCAUCGGACGGGGUCAGAACUAUUACUCCAACAAGGAAAACGUGGAAGCAGAUGCCUUCAGGAAGCAGUUUCCUGGCAUUCCAUUAUUCGGUUUCUUUGGAAAUGGAGAGAUUGGCUGUGAUCGCAUUGUGACUGAAAACUUCUCCCUGAGGGAGUGUGGCAACUCUUUAGAUGGCGAUGAGUUGCUUCAUGGAUACACUACAGUGAUCGCGCUUGUCCAUUUGGGACCUGUGAAAUAAAAAAACAAAAAAAACUCUUCAAGAGGCUCGAAAAUUGGGCCCAUGGUAUACAAAGAUGCAUGCCUAUUGUAGGAUUGUCUCCAUUGUUUUGAAGCAACAUUGUUCUAAUGGACUAAGCAAAUUUGCAGAGUGGGUUCAUAUAAUUUGGGCUCUGAUGGCACUGUCUAUGUUAAAGUUGCACCUGCUGUAGACGUGUGACAACCUUUCUGAACAGGAGGGGGCUGAUUAAAAGUAAAUGGGCUCAUGUUUGAGCUAAGUGAUCGACCCAAACAAUUCUCUUGUGUCUCAAUAGAACAGGAGGUGAAACUGGGCUUUUGGGUGUCAUCAAUUUAAUUGAUUCAUAGCUUUUUGACAUGAUUUUGAUUUUGCUUUUUAUUUCACACUGGAAUGCAGAACUAAUCAUGAAUAAACAAGCAAUUUUUCUAGUGAUCUUUCCCUUGUAAUUUUUAAAAAUUUGUAAUCUUUUGUGACUUAAACCAAAGGGUUCAGCAGGAUUUUAACUGCUGUGACUAGGAAAAUCUUGAACUUUCUGGAUUGUUCCAAUAAAUCUCUUGGUUGAGUUUC